AUGCAUACAAGCCCUGUCCUUGAGGACAUAGUAAUUCCAGAGUCUCUCAUAUCAGCAGCCGCAGCCGCAGCAGCAAGAACUCAACGGGGUUCAAACUACCCUGUUUACUACUCUGAGGAACCGGCCAGGGAGAUUCGUGUCCAGAAGAAGCGACAACCAACCUCCAAUAGACAAAUACAUGAACAACCGUCAUUCGUCGAAAGGAGGAACUGGAGUCACACAUCGGCGUUCGAGCCUGGGACCAGCCAGCCUUUGUCGACAGUCAUCGAGGAUGCCGUGAUCAGCGAAGCCCCAGAAAGGCAACCAGGUUUCUUCUCCUUUCAUCCCGUCUCCCCCAGCGGUCCAGAACUUGGAAGAAAAACUCCAAAAACUCGCGCUCCGAAUUUCUCGUACCGCCAGCCUGGUUUUGGUGUCUCCGAUAGACCUCGAGUCAGCAGCCUGUGGGAGCUUUACGACCAGGCAAAACUUGUCAGUGUCAAGCUUCAGCGGACAACUUGGACCCAAUUUCUUUUUGAAUAUGGCGUAUACUUAUUAUUCGUCUCCGUUGUUUAUUUUGUCCUGGUUGGGGUACCACUCUGGAAAGGCUCGGUAUAUUGGCUGUACUGGGUGAUGAAGAACAAAUUCGUAUUCAAGGGAGGAUGGUCAAUUGCCAUUGGAUUUAUGACCAUGUAUUCCUUUGUCCCGCUAUUGUUCCUCUUUGAGAAAAAUGCCCCAGGACCCGAAUACUACCAACAGCGAUGCAUUGAACGCAAUUCUUCGAAUACUGCUCUUUUGAUUCCCUGCUUCAAAUCCGCCGCAAUCAUCGGGAAGACACUCGAAGCCGCACUCACACUCUUUCCAGCGGGCCAUAUCUUCGUUAUCGCGAACGGGGAUUCGCCGAUCCCCAUCGACAACACGGAGGAAGUCUGUCGUACAUACGGUGUCAACCAUGUCUGGUCUCCAAUCAGCUCAAAAGCCAUCGCCCUGUUCAUCGGAUGCUACGCUGCCAAGAAAUUCCGGCACGUUCUGUGCAUAGACGACGAUUGCACACUCCCUCAUAACUUUCCCGUCGUAGUGUCUCGAAUCACGAAGGAAGUCCGGUGUAUCGGGUACACGAUCAAGUCAACCGGCUCCAACUCUUCAGAAAGCACUUAUUGCCAACAAGCUCAAGAUUUAGAGUACAAGAUAUCCGGACUACAGCGUUGUUUUGCCGGGAGAAUUGGUAGCUCCACAUUUCCUCACGGCGCGAUAUCGUUAUGGGACCGAGAGUUCCUGAAAGAGUGCUUACGAGACCAUCCGGGUUUCUCGAUCAGCGAGGACUGGUUCCUCGGAAAUAGUUGUCGGCGCAUGGGCGGCCGCAUCCAGAUGUGCAGCUCCGUGUUCGUGGAGACUACGACACCACCGGCUGUCUUCUAUGUUAGCAGAAAAGACGGGCGUAGUGGAUUCGGUGAGAUGACGGUUUUCAAACAGCGGUUUCUACGCUGGAACUUCUUUUUCGCGAAUAGCCUAUACUAUAAUCUCGCAUACAUCUUUGGAUGUUGGAAAUUGGGCUGGUGGGAAAUCGGCGCCAAGGUGUUCGUCUUCCAAGAGGUCUACGAGACAAUCAUAUACGUUCUCGCACCUUUCGUCCUCCCCGUGUCCUUUCUGGUCCGCCCAGCUUUCAGCGCAACCCUACUUGGAGGCACUUUAGGGCUAUACUUUCUUCAUGUCCUCAUCUUCAAUGAGAUCCAUCUGCGAUUGAAAAAGGAGCGGAUCAAGUGGAGAGUUUUAUUAUGGUAUUAUAUGCCCUACAAACUCAUAAUAACCCUAAUCAAUGCUGCAAGUUGCUACUGGUCUCUUUACAAAUACGCAAGGUAUUUUGCUCGCCGCCAUCCCAAGAUUGUGGAGGACCAGAAGGCUGUUGAGGUUCUAUUGAAGUUGGAGAUGUCGGUGGAUGACCAUCUUGGGGCUCCGGGGUUGGGUAGGAAACAUGCCCGUAAAGCUACAUUGAUAGUGACAUUCACGAAUCUCCCGAACCCAGAGGAUGCGCAAAACAUUAAAAUCAUUCACUUCCUCUCUGCCGGCCUAGACCACUCCCUGCAUCAUCCAAUCAUCCGAGAAACCUCUAUUCCGGUCACCACCAGCUCUGGCGUCCACGGUCCCCCCAUCGCUGAAUGGACUGUCAUGAAUUGGCUGGUCGCUUCGCGCAAAUACAGUUUUACCUACGAGAACCAGAAAAAGCAUAAAUGGACCGGCGUCAACGAGUACGUGCAAGAUAUCCAUGAUAACGUCGGCAAGAAGGUCGGAAUUCUAGGAUACGGGAGCAUUGGGCGACAGAUCGGACGAGUCGCCUCCGCCCUCGGCGCUAAGGUUUACGCCUACACAGCCUCUCCCCGCCCUACGCCCUCCUCCCGGGCUGACAACGGCUUCAUCGUCCCCGGCACCGGCGACAAGGACGGCUCGAUCCCGGUCACCUGGCACCACGGAACCGACAAGGCCUCUCUGCACGAAUUUCUCUCCCUCGGCCUCGACCACCUCGUCAUCUCGCUCCCCCUUACCGCCGAGACAACGAACUUCCUCGGCGCCGAGGAAUUUGCGCUGCUGAGUGCGCGCGCAACGCCGGGUCAUCCGAAACCAUACCUGACGAACAUCUCGCGCGGCAAGGUGGUCGAUCAGGAGGCUUUGAUCCAGGCGCUGGAGGCGGGCGAUUUGGGUGGUGCCGCGCUGGACGUGACGGAUCCGGAGCCAUUGCCGGAAGAUCAUCCGUUGUGGGACACGCCGAAUGUGCAGAUCAGUCCGCAUGUGAGCUCCCUUGGGGUGGAGUAUUUUCCGAGGUCGUUUGAUGUGUUGAGGGAGAAUUUGGCGAGGUCGGAGAGGGGGGAGGGGUUGGUGAAUGAGUAUAAGAGGGGGAAGGGGUAUUGA